AGAGCAACCAGCGGGCAGCAGAGCAGCAGAUGAGCGGUUUGCAGAGCCCUCAGCACAGGUAUGGGUUUGGGAUGUCUGGGGGCAGCUGGAGCUGUGCGCUCAGUUUAAUUUUCUCACUGAGAGAGGAGCUCGGAAGGCAGAAUGGAAUGGGAAGUUGGAGCCUCUGGAUAUAGGAAAGGAGAGACCUCGUUUCUUGUAGGAGCAGUGGAAGGGCAGGCAGAGCUGCCUGCGAGGAGGGAUUGCUGCGGCCAUGGGUCCUGCUGAGUCCCACAGCAUCUCUGCAAUGGAAGGGAACGAGGGGGACCCACCCGGGGCCCACAGACGCCGGGACAGCCAUGGGCGCAGGCCAUCACGAGAGAUCAAUGCAGAGGACCAGGUGGCCCAGGAGACCGAGGAGGUGUUCCGGAGCUACACCUUCUACCGCUACCAACAGGAGAGAGAGGAGGGAGGGGCGGAGGUGCCCAUGGACCCGGAGAUCAUGGAGAUCCAGCAGGAGCUGGGCAGCACCGGGAGCCAGGUGGGCAGGCGCCUGGCCAUCAUCGGGGACGACAUCAACAAGCGGUACGACGCGGAGUUCCGCCAUAUGCUGAAGUCCUUGCAGCCCACCAAGGAGAACGCCUACGAGUACUUCACCACCAUCGCCUCCAGCUUGUUCGACAGCGGCAUUAACUGGGGCCGGGUGAUUGCCCUGCUGGGUUUCGGUUACUGCAUGGCCAUCCACGUCUACCAGCAAGGCAUCACGGGCUUCCUGCGCCGCAUCGCCCGCUACGUCACCGAAUUCAUGCUGCGCAACCGCAUCGCACGGUGGAUCGCCCAGCAGGGAGGAUGGGUGGCUGCACUCGAUCUGGACAAUGUUUACAUGAAGUACAUGCUGGUGGUGCUGGCCCUGGUGAUGGUGGGGCAUUUAGUGGUACGACGCUUCUUCAGGCCCUGACCGCCGUGGGGUGGAGGCGGGGGUCCCGCCGAGCUCUCUCUCAAACCUCUGCUCCGUGGUGACGUCCCCGAGGAGAGGGCCAUUCCAGGGACCUCUGAGAGAGAGAGCAGCGUGGACCCGUGAGCCUCCCACUGCAGGAACGGGGUCUGUGCCGCCCAGGAGAUGCCACCGGGAGCUGCAGAGAGAGGCGGCGGGGAGGGGAGGGGUGGGCUCUGCUGUCUGCUUUGUGCCUCGCUGAGGGCAGAGCAGCGCUGUGAGCUCAUGGCACGCAGCAGCGAGGCAGCAGAACGGGCUGCUCUGCAGGAACCAAUGCAUUGCUGUGAGAGUGCACCUACGUGUGUGUUGUGUCCGCUCUGUGCUGUUCUUGAGGUGCUCCUGGGGUGGGUGCAGAGCUCCCCGUGGCUGAUGGCUCCAUCCCACGCUGUGCCUGCAUUUGAAGAGGGAUUACAGCCUCAGUUGUGUUGUCUGUAAGUCACUGGAGGGGCGAGCCAGUAUUAGAAAGUGUGGGGUUUGCUUUCGUCUUCCCCCUGCUCCUGAGCCCGAGUACUUGAGCCUUCUCUUUCUUUAUAACAAGCAUCCCUUACCUUCUUUAAGAACCACACUGACUGUCACUGGGAACACGCCUGGCACAAGCAGGCUGCCCGUGCCCAACCCACACUGCAGCUCCCUGGGGCUGGCACAGGUCCUGGGGUGCAGCUGUGCCUUUUGCUCCCCAGCCCCGCUGCGGGCCCCAGAGCUGUGUGCCGGCAGGCCUGGGGAGCACCAGCGGUUUUCCAAACACUAAAAAGCUGUGGGGCACUCACAGUGGGUGCAGGCGGCCUGCCCUCCUGUUCUGCUGGCUGCUUCUGUCCAGCACGCUUGCAUGCUGCCCCAGUGGGACCAGUGGGUGUCCCUCACUGCCAGUAGGAGGCACUGGGGUUGCACCACUGCAUCCCUGCUCCCACUGUAGGAGCUGGGCUGGAGGUGCAGGGAGCCCAGGGCAUGUCUGAGCUGGGCAUGGCAUGCAGCCCUGUGCAUGCAUGACUUCUUUGGCGAGUGGCCCAACCUCGUUCCGCUCACGGCUGAUGCUGGAAGAUGAGCUUUAGGGGGGGAGGGCAGCCGGCACCGCUCGCCCAUCUCAGAUCUUUCUGACUUUUGCAAAAUAGGGAGAGCAUCCCAGCACGGACUGCCUGGCUCAGCUCUGAUCCUUUUACUCCAGGCAACUCUGAGGUUUGAAACUGUGAUGGCCUUCUCUGAGCCAAACCCACCCCGUUGCAGCAUCACACACUCCCAGGCAGCUCAGCAGUGGGGGGCAGCCAGGAGCCCUGUGAGUGGGGGAUGAACAGUGGGGCUGUGCUGGGGCUCCUCCUGCUGCAGGGGGAUCCCUGUGGGGCAGCACCCAUACAGACAGCAGCAGCACAGCCCUGAGCAGCCUUCGUGGGAGCCAAGGGGCGAACGGUGGGCCCAAGGCAGCCCUCCUUUCCCCCUGGCAGAGGCAUUUCCUAAUGGAUGCCUGUCUGUCCUGUUCGUAAGACCUCCCACUGUCACCUCCCUGUAUCAAUUCCUACCCUUGUCUUCGGAUUGGUCCUCAGUGUCUUUGGACUGCUCUGCCCCAGCACAGAGGACACCCGGCAGCCUUUCAGGACCGGCCAUAGUUUUAUACCACUGACGUUCCUCAGGUUCCUGUGUUUGAAUGAAACUUUUCGGCCUCUUUCUGUAUCAGGGUCUUCCCGUGCUCAUCACUCCGACCCCACGUCUGCAGUAUCCCUGCCCCUGGCGGAGUGCCCUGAACUGCACUCACUGGAAGGACAUUAAAAUAUCUGCUAUAUUCCUCUUUAUCUGUCUUGGUUGCUUUCCUUGUAAUCCUGAAGUGCUGAGUGUCUGCGGUGUGCUGCGCCCGGGCUUUGCAGCCACGCUCUGUAGUCCAUUUGAUGCUCUGUAGUCCAUUUGCCCCCUUUGCAAGUGCACUUCUUUGCAUUUAACCACGCAGCUUCAUCUGCCAUCGUGUCACUGCUCCACUGCCUCGAGCAGAGCUUGAGAUUCCCUGACUGGUGGGAGCACAGACAGCCUGCAGGUCCCCAUCCCCGCCUUCAUUUCUGGGUGAGAACACCACCAGAUGGAGCUUCUCUGCCACAGUGAGCUCCUAAUUGCUAUUUUCCCUUUCUCUUAAUGGGCCCCGUUAUCUGCAUGCCCCGCUGCUCUCGGCUGGCUGCUUCGCUUUGGCUCCAGCAGGACUUUCUGCAGAGGACCUCGGGAGGAAAGCAGUGCAUCGUCUGCUCACUGCGUUAUUCACUACUUUACUGACACACCGUGGGAACUCUAAGGGAGCACUGCGCUCCUACAGACAGCCCUAAGUUAUUCUCAUCUUCCUGAGGUGCUUCACCUUCUGAACCCAACUGCUAUGUAAGGUCAGGGGACGUUAAAUAAAGGAGACUUUCCAGCUCUGCGGUA